AUGGCUGUCUUGAUUGUAUUGAUAGCAUACUUGGCCUACAAUGUUGCUUUUGCCACCGACAUUCCUCACAUCAAGGGCAUUCCUGAGUUGCCCGGGGCGGUACCUGUUUUUGGACAUCUCUUCAAACUAGGAGACGAUCACGCGUCAACUUGCGAGAACUGGUGGAAACUGGGAAACCCGUCCGUAUUCCAAGUGAAGCUAGGAAACACCAGGGCCGUGGUUUUCAACUCCUUCGAAGACAUCAGACAGCUGCUCAUGGGCCAUCAGAAUGCAGUCAUUGAUCGGCCAAAGUUGUACACUUUUCACGGCCUCAUCAGCAGCACGCAAGGCUUCACCAUUGGCUCCUCCCCCUGGGACGACUCCUGCCGGAAGAAGCGCAAAGCUGCUGGAACAGCCCUCGCCAAACCCGCUCUGCGCAACUAUUACCCCAUGUUUGAUCUUGAGAGCUACUGUAUUCUUCGAGAUCUGCACAAGGACAGCCGCAGUGGAGAUGUCGAGAUCAGUGUCCGCCCAUACAUCCAGAGAUAUGCUCUGAACACGACUUUGACACUCUGCUACGGAAUUCGCAUGGAUGCAGUGUACGAUGAUCUGUUGCGGGAGAUUCUGCAUGUCGGGUCAGCCAUCUCGCUUCUGCGAAGCGCUUCGGAGAACACUCAGGACUACGUACCAAUCAUGCGGUACUUGCCGAACAACGAGAAGAAUCGUCGCUCCAAGGACCUUCGCGAACGUCGCGACGCUUACCUAAAUCUCCUCCUGGACAAGGUCCGUGGCAUGAUCGAAAGAGGCACGGAAAAACCGUGUAUCUCUGCCGCUAUCCUUAAGAACGAGGAGACCAAGCUUACAGGCGUGGAGGUUUCGUCCAUUUGCUUGUCAUUGGUCUCUGGAGGCUUCGAGACUAUCCCUGGCACUCUCACCUCUACUAUUGGCUCACUCUCGACUAAAGAAGGUCAAGCUUGGCAGGACCGCGCCUAUGAGGACAUCAAGCGACAUUAUCCUGAUGUUCGUGACGCGUGGACCGCCUGCUAUACCGAGGAAAAGAUUCCUUACAUCAAUGCCAUCAUCAGGGAAGCCGGGAGAUACUACACAGUCAGCUCCAUGAGCCUUCCACGAAAGACAGUGGCUGAGGUAAACUGGAACGGUGCUAUCAUUCCGCCCAAGACCAUGAUUUUGGUAAAUGCACAAGCAGGUAAUCAUGAUAUCGGGCAUUUCGGCACAGACGCCGGCGAGUUUGACCCCGAGAGGUGGCUCGAGUCGCUUGAUCCUCCGACGGAGAAGGAGAUGUCUGGAGUUGGUCACCUGAGUUUUGGUCUUGGCUCCCGUGGCUGUUCUGGCCAAUUCAUUGCUCAGCGUCUUUUGUACGCUGCCUUGGUUAGACUUCUUUCCUCUUACAAGAUCGUGGCGAGUGAGAGUGAGCCCCCCAACACGGAUUAUGUGGAAUACAACCAAUUCAAGACAGCGCUGGUGGCAAUCCCGAAAGACUUCAAGGUAAAGCUAGUUCCAAGGAAUAUUGUUGUCACUAAGGAGUGCCUUGUGGCCGCCGAAGAGAGGACGAAGAAGCAUUACGUGGAAUAA